GCGGCGGCGGUAGCGACCCGGCAGGCGGUGAGGGGAGGUAGCGCCCGCGGCUCCCGCCCACCCGGUCAUCUGUUCCCCCUUAACCAUCAAGAGGUUUCCAGAGUGUUUAACAGCCAGCCAGUCCAGGUGGUUGUGAGUACCUCAAGAAACCAGCAAAGAUGACUUGGAAGCUCUUCAAGAAAAACCCCAAUCCUGAGCCCAUCAUAGCGGCGUCUGUGGCACCACCUGUACCCCCUACCACAAUGGUGGUCCCAGUGGGGUCAAUGGACAACUCAACACAUUCGGGCCCGGUGGAGAGCAAGGAGGAUGUGUUUGCCCAGAUUAAAGAAAAGUUUAUGAAUGAGAUAAACAAGAUUCCAUUGCCACCAUGGGCCCUGAUUGCCAUUGCGGUGGUCGCUGGGCUGCUGAUCCUCACCUGCUGCUUUUGCAUCUGCAAGAAGUGCUGCUGCAAGAAGAAGAAGAACAAGAAGGAGAAAGGCAAGGGGAUGAAAAAUGCCAUGAACAUGAAAGACAUGACAGGCCAGAAUAAACAGGAUGAUGAUGAUGGAGAUGGAGAAGAAGAGGAGGAAGAAGAGGAGAAGGAGAAGGAACCAGAAAACCUGGGCAAGCUGCAGUUCUCCCUAGACUAUGAUUUUCAGGGUAACCAGCUAACAGUAGGGAUCCUCCAAGCAGCUGAGCUCCCAGCACUGGAUAUAGGUGGCACAUCAGACCCUUAUGUCAAAGUCUUCCUCCUUCCUGACAAGAAGAAGAAGUACGAGACCAAAGUGCAAAAGAAGACCCUCAAUCCAACCUACAAUGAGACCUUCGUCUUCAAGGUUCCAUAUCAGGAACUGGGUGGGAAGACCUUGGUGUGUGCCAUCUAUGACUUUGACCGGUUCUCCAAGCAUGACAUCAUUGGGGAAGUCAAGGUGCCCAUGAACACCGUGGACUUGGGACAGCCCAUUGAAGAGUGGAGAGAUCUAGAGAGUGCAGAAAAAGAGGAGCCUGAGAAAUUGGGAGACAUCUGUAUCUCACUACGAUAUGUGCCCACUGCUGGGAAGCUCACUGUCUGUAUCUUGGAAGCAAAGAACUUGAAAAAGAUGGAUGUUGGAGGACUUUCAGAUCCCUAUGUGAAGAUUCACCUGUUGCAGAAUGGCAAGCGACUUAAGAAGAAGAAGACCACUGUCAAGAAGAAGACGCUGAACCCUUACUUCAAUGAGUCCUUCAGCUUUGAGAUUCCCUUUGAGCAGAUACAGAAAGUGCAAGUUGUGAUCACCGUGCUGGAUUACGACAAACUGGGGAAGAAUGAAGCCAUUGGCAAGGUAUUUGUGGGCAACAACUCCAGCGGCACAGAGCUGCGGCACUGGUCUGACAUGCUGGCCAACCCUCGCCGCCCCAUUGCCCAGUGGCAUUCCCUGAAGCCUGAAGAGGAGGUGGAUGCAGCUCUUGGGAAAAACAAAUAGGCUACUCCAUACCCCAGCAUCACCUACUGAACAUUCAAAGUGAUCCAGAGCUAUCAAUACCUCAGUUAGGCAAUGUUUGGUUUCUGUUCUGUUUUCUGAGCUGCAAUACCCUUUCUUUGAUGGCUGUAGAAGAAUUCCGGAUGCACCCAAGUGUUUCCAAGGGAAAGAGUUUGAAAGGCACAGAGAUUUCGUUUGCUUUCUUCCAAGUACUUUGUCCGCUGCAUGUUCCGUCAUCUCUCUGUGUUGUUCUCUUCAAGCACCAAGCCAGCUCCUUUCUUGGGGUUUCUUCUUCAAGGCCACCGUGAAUAGCACACGGUUUGCUUUUACUC